AUGGUACUUCAAGCACAUCCAGAAGAGUUUUUCAAGUACUACCGAAUGUCUGUACAAUCGUUUGACGAAUUGAUUUCAUUAAGCGAACCAUUUAUAUCAAAACAAUUGACAAAUAUGCGCAUUCCAAUUUCAAAAGAAGAAAGGCUGACAAUUACUUUGAGAUACUUGGCAACAGGAACACAUUACACGGCGUUACACUUUGAGUUUUUAGCAGGAGUAUCUACUAUAGCAAAGAUAGUCCAAGAAACUUGCGAUGUUUUAUGGAAAGUGUUACAACCUUUAGAAAUGGCGGAACCAACAACAAAUGACUGGCUGGAUAUAUCGAAAGGUUUUUACGAAAAAACGAACUUUCCAAAUACUGUUGGAGCGGUGGAUGGAAAACACAUAAGGCUCGAGUGUCCCAACAACAGUGGCUCAUUGUAUUAUAACUACAAAAACUUUUUUUCCCUAAUUCUUAUGGCCAUUUGUGAUUCAAAUUAUUGUUUUCGAACCAUCGAUGUUGGGUCCUUUGGGAAAGAAAGCGACUGUAAUGUAUUCAAAACUUCAACAUUCGGUAAAAAGUUGUACUCGGGUAGUGUACAUUUUCCACCAGAUCAAUGCUUACCAGGUGAUGAUAAUGGUGUGCCACAGCCUUUUAUUUUAGUAGCCGAUGAAGCUUUUGCUCUUCACAAACAUUUGUUACGACCGUUUCCAGGCUAG